AUGGGGGCAGGAACGCGUCUGCAGCAGCAGCAGCAGCAGCAGCAGCAGCAGCAGCAGCAGCAGCAGCAGGUUCACCAGCAGCAGCGAGAGGUGGGUGUGAGCAGGCGCGAUAUAGCACAAUCAGCAGCAACGGCGCGUCGCUCAAAGGCAGCAACAGCAACCGACGCAGCAACAGCAGCAGCAACAGCAGCAGCAGCAGCAGCAACAGCAGCAGCAGCAGCAGCAGCAACAGUAGCUGCAACAGCAGCAGCAGCAGCAGCAGCAGCAGCUCACUUACGGGCACUUUCUUUGUCCUUAAAGAAUGCCCUCAGCAAUCCGGGCCUUCCCCAGUGA